GCCCCGCCCCCACCGGCGCCACCUCGCGGACCAUCCGGCGAGUCACGUGACGGAUCGGCAGCGCUGGCGGUUGCUGUCAGCUGAUUCCACGGGUUGGUGGCAGCAGCAGCCGCAACCAUGGACUUUCUCCUAGGGAACCCGUUCAGCUCUCCGGUGGGACAGCGCAUCGAGAAAGCCACAGACGGCUCCUUGCAGAGCGAAGACUGGGCACUCAACAUGGAGAUCUGCGACAUCAUCAACGAGACGGAGGAAGGUCCCAAAGAUGCCUUUCGAGCAAUAAAGAAGAGAAUCGUGGGGAAUAAGAACUUCCACGAGGUGAUGCUGGCUCUCACGGUCUUGGAAACCUGCGUCAAAAACUGCGGGCACCGCUUCCACGUGCUGGUGGCCAGCCAGGACUUCGUGGAGGGUGUGCUGGUGAGGACCAUCCUGCCCAAGAACAACCCACCCACCAUCGUGCACGACAAGGUGCUCAACCUCAUCCAGUCCUGGGCAGACGCGUUCCGCAGCUCGCCCGAUUUGACAGGCGUUGUUGCUGUCUACGAGGACCUGCGCAGGAAGGGCCUGGAGUUCCCGAUGACUGACCUAGACAUGCUGUCGCCCAUCCACACGCCCCAGAGGACCGUGUUCAGCUCAGAGACACCAUCAGGACAGAAUUCUGUGGGCAUCGACGCCAGUCAUCGAGGGGACUCUAGCCAGCACACGGCCCCUCUGCCCGCCCCUGCUGUACUCUCCAGUGACACGCCCAUAGCACCAACCCCUGAGCAGAUUGGGAAGCUGCGCAGCGAGCUAGAGAUGGUGAGCGGGAACGUGCGGGUGAUGUCGGAGAUGCUGACGGAGCUGGUGCCCACCCAGGCAGAGCCUGCAGACCUGGAGCUGCUACAGGAGCUCAACCGGACGUGCCGCGCCAUGCAGCAGCGGGUCCUGGAGCUCAUCCCCCGCAUCGCCAACGAGCAGCUGACGGAGGAGCUUCUCAUCGUCAACGACAAUCUCAACAACGUAUUCCUGCGCCACGAACGGUUUGAGCGGUUCCGAACAGGCCAGACCCCCAAGGCCCCAGGCGAGGCUGAGGCGGCAGCUGACCUCAUCGACAUGGGCCCUGACCCAGCGGCCACCGGCAACCUCUCCUCCCAGCUGGCGGGAAUGAACCUGGGCUCCAGCAGCGUGAGGGCUGGCCUGCAGUCUCUGGAGACCUCUGGCCGAUUGGAAGAUGAGUUUGACAUGUUUGCGUUGACACGAGGCAGCUCACUGGCUGGAGUGAGUGGCCUGGCCCUAUCCUGGUCCCCUGCAGUGGUAAAGUAUGAAGACCCCCAAGCUACAGACGGCCUGGCCGGCGCCCUGGACGCCCGACAGCAGAGCACUGGAGCGAUCCCCGUCACCCAGGCCUGCCUGAUGGAGGACAUCGAGCAGUGGCUGUCCACUGACGUGGGGAAUGACCCAGAAGAGCCCAAGGGCGUCACCAGUGAAGAAUUUGACAAGUUCCUGGAAGAACGGGCCAAAGUGGCUGAUCAGUUGCCCAACCUCUCCAGCCCCUCAGCCGAGGGCCCCCCAGGCCCCCCUCCUGGCACUGUCCCUCGAAAGAAGACCCAGGAGAAAGAUGACGACAUGCUGUUUGCCUUAUAAGUGGGGUCUGGCACCCUGCAGCCCGAACCCCCACUGCUCCCACACCCCUUGGCCGGGGCCUCUCUCCCUCCUUCGGUAUUAAGGCUGCUUUGGGGGUAGCUUGUUGCUCCCUUCUCUCUUCCUUGAGGCUGGGCCAUACUGUUUGGGGCUGUGAGGAGGCAACCAGAUGAAUGGGGGAAAAGGUCGGUUCUACGUUGGGAUCCUGGCCAUUCCUGCCUCCUUCCCCACCCCAGCCGACCACUGACUUUGCUGAGACCUGGGAGGCCUGGGACAGACAUGCUGGCUGCUUGGUCACCCUAAGGUGACUCUCCUUGUCCUGGGUGGUCCCAUCCCUGGACCCAUCAUCCCCAGAAGAACCCUAUUCAGAGCCCACACUGCCAGUUGAGGCCUAGCUAGAGGCCAGAGACAGAAGCUUCUGUUGCAACCUCUGGUUUCUGCCUGGGCCCCUGCCUCAGCCAGCCGUCAAGGGCAGGGUUUGUGUCCCUCUGCUGAGCUGCACACUGUCCAGGUACGAAGCUGCACAUGGCGGGGCGAGAGAUCCUCCACCCUAGGCUGCAGGGGAGGCUGCAGGGGCGCCUGGAGCACCUGCGGCCCCCACAGUCUCCUCCACUGCCUUUUCCUCCAUCUGUCCUCUUCCCACCAGGCAUGGGCCCGCCCACCUGUCGGCUGAUGCUCUUACACUGGGAGAGGUGCCUUUUGUGUCCCCAAUUAAAGGUAGAAAACCACCCUG